GCCGGGGAGCACGAGGACGUGAGGUUUCCGAGAGUGCGCAGUGGAUUCGUCGGCCACGACCCUUCGGCCUUGGUAGGGAGGGGGCGACGUUGAGAUGGGGGCAGCGGCAGCGGAAGCGGAUCGGACUCUCUUUGUGGGUAACCUUGAAACUAAAGUGACAGAGGAGCUCCUUUUCGAGCUUUUCCAUCAGGCUGGGCCAGUAAUAAAGGUAAAAAUCCCAAAAGAUAAGGAUGGUAAACCAAAGCAGUUUGCAUUUGUGAAUUUCAAACAUGAAGUAUCUGUUCCUUACGCGAUGCAUCUGCUUAAUGGAAUCAAACUUUUUGGAAGGCCCAUCAAAAUUCAGUUUAGAUCAGGAAGUAGCCAUGCCUCGCAGGAUGUCAAUAUGCCAUAUCCCCAGCAUCACGGUGGGAAUUCAAGUCCUACUGCUACUCCCACAUCUCCUAGCAGGUAUGAAAGGAUCAUGGAUAACAUGACACUUUCAGCACAUACAAUUCAGAGAUCGUUCUGUUCUCCAGAAAAUUUUCAGAGACAAGCAAUGAUGAACAGUGUUUCGAGACACAUGUCGUACGGUGGGAAAUUUGGUUCUAUACAGCUGGACCAACCAGGAUUCUCUCCAACAGUUCAGUCACAUAAUCAUCCUCUUAACCAGUCUUCAAGCUCCCAGUGGCGCCAAGAUACAUCAUCAUCACAGCGUAAAGUUAGACAGAAUUCUCAUCCGUACAUAGGAGAUAGACAUUAUAGCCGUGAACAGUGUUACACCGAUCAUGGAUCUGAUUAUCAUUACAGAGGAAGCAGAGAAGAUUUCUUUUAUGAAGAUAGGAAUCAUGAUGGCUGGAGCCAUGAUUAUGAUAACAGAAGAGACAAUAGUAGAGAUGGAAAAUGGCGCUCAUCACGACACUAACAACUGUUGAAAGGACACUCUUUCUUUUUAUAGGGUCAUUUUAGGCCCUUUUGGCUAAAUUGGUCUGGAAAAGUUUUGUUGAAAAACAGUACAGAGCAGCUUUACAAGUUGCCACAUCUGUUUAAAAAAAAUUUUAAACCCAUACCUAGAGUUUAAUACAGAAAUGAGAAGAAUUGUGGUUCCAGUUUUAUUACAUUAAUAACCUUUCACCUCAGGGUUUUAUGAAGAGGAAAGUGCCACAAUUCCUCCUCAUUUUAGACAGUUUAGGACAGGGUGGACUGUACAGUUUGGUUGUAUUAUAAAGCAAAUAUUUUAAUUAUUUGUAAUCCUUUUGUAUUGCAAGAAAUUUCUUGCUAAUCACAUUUGGGUGUGUAUAAUGGAACAUAUCCAAGUUGGUAGUCUGAAAUGGCUACCAGUAUUUUGUUAAUAAAUUAGAAAAUGAAACUUUUCAGUGAUUCAUUUUACUAGCAUAUUUGAGGAGGGUUAUUGGUGAAGUUUGAGGAUCAAUCAUAUUGUUUGACCUCUUAGACAAUUUAUGUAUAAAAAUUAUAUAACGUGUUCUUUUGACCUUUACCCUAAUUGAAAAAUACAAGUGUAAAUUUAUACAUAACAUUGUUUUACUCUAAAAUACUAGGAUUUGUUCAUUAAAUCAUGUUUGAUGUAUGGUUAAAGUCACUCAAGGUUAUGUGUCUCUAGAUGUAUAUUUUUACAUCAGAAAAACAGUAUUAAAUUCCCUUUUUCGAGAAGAAAAAACUUUGUCAAUGCAUUGUCAGAUAAAAUGGUAAAAUGUUUCACUGAAAGUAUGCUUUUUUGGGGGAAAAGAUUCAUGAAGCCUUUAAGUACAUUGCCUCUGCUGCUCAAACAUUAAAAUUUUUAAUAUUUUCAAAAUGCCCAGGGCAUGUGUAUAAGGACACAUUUUAUUAUGGAGAUCGUACAGGUUGCUUUUCUGUUUGAACAUUUGAAAAAAUCUCGUCUUAAAUAUUUCUUGAUUUUAAAAUUUUAAAAUCUUGUUUAACAAAACUUUUAUGUAUCAAGAUGAUACUGUUUAUCUUUCAUUACAGAAUAUAAACUUGUUUGUAAAAAUGUAUUCAUUAAAAACUCUGGAUCCUUUUUAAUACUGACCAUGGCAUUUGUAUUAUGUUGCGUUUUAAUAUAUUUAAAAUUAAACAUCCAAAGGAGAGCUACGUCUCAUUUUUUAAAUCACUAACUUCAGAGACAUUUUAUAUGAAAAGCAUGUAUUUUUAUUCAGUGAUUGACUUG